GCAGUAGUAGUAGUAGUAGUAGUAGUAAUAAUAAUUGAAGGUAAAAACGUAAGAAUUUAGAAACUCGAAUAGAAACAUAAGGAAUUGGAAUCUAAAUAUAUACACUGAGAAACAGCAUUCGGCCUGAAAGUCUGAUUCAAUAAGAUAAUCUACUGGAUACAGUUAUCAGCGAAAUAAAGGAGAAACUUGACGUUACGGUCGAAUGACCAGACAUUUAUAACGUGUUCGCAAUAAAAACCGAUAAAGAGAAUGUUCCAGUGAAAAUACAGUUCAAAUCUUAUCUGAAAAAACAAGAAAUUUUCUCAAAUGUGCAUAAGUUAUGUGCUAUGAUGACAGGAAGAACUUUAAGGUACUAUUGAUACACAAAAAGAAAGCAAUAGCUUGGAAAUAAAUGAGCUGUUGACGACCUUGCAACCAGUUAGGAAGCAGAAGAAGAUGGAGAGAUGAAACAAAGCCAGGUGGAUAAGAGAUUACUCUCUCCGGAACAAAUCGAGGCUGCGAAGAAACAGAAGCUUGACAAAGGUUUUUCACGGGUUUCCUGUAUCCAGUGCAGCCACACAAAAGAAUAAAAAAACACUAAGUGUGACAUGACAUGUCAGUACUUAACCUGAAAAUGAAAUUGGAGAGCGAAACUCAAAUAUUUUGAAUUUUAAUGGCAAAUUUUUAAUAAAAAUAUGAUUAUAUUAAUUAGGAGUAGUUUGUGGAGAAAGCCCAGUUUUCAGGGCACUAUUUUAAAACCUCGGUUUCUCACGUCAUUGAACCUAUGGAAUGAAGAUAUUACCCCAGAAAUUAAACGUAAGAUUGAGGAACAUUGGAAAAAUAAAAUAGCCUCAAAACCGUUCAACGAAAAUGAUAAAUCUAAGGAGAAGUAUUAUGUCCUACCCAUGUUUCCAUACCCGUCAGGUUCUCUUCACAUGGGACAUGUACGGGUGUAUACAAUCAGCGACGCAGUGGCUCGAUACCAGAGAAUGAAUAAUAAAAAUGUGAUCCACCCCAUAGGUUGGGAUGCUUUUGGCCUCCCUGCAGAAAAUGCUGCAAUUGAAAGAAAAAUAGCACCAAGUGUAUGGACCAGGCAAAAUAUUGCACAUAUGAAAAAUCAGUUGGAACAGCUUGGAUGUAGUUUUGAAUGGGAUAGAGAAUUUGCCACUUGUGAUACUGAAUAUUACAAAUGGACACAAGAUUUAUUUAUAAAAUUAUAUGAUGCAGGGUUAAUUUAUCAAAGAAAAGCUUUGGUCAAUUGGGAUCCAGUAGAUCAGACAGUGUUAGCAGAUGAACAAGUAGAUGAAAAUGGAUGUUCUUGGAGGUCAGGUGCUAAGGUGGAGAAAAAAUUACUGAAGCAGUGGUUUGUUAGAACCACAAAAUUCGCUAAAAGCCUAUUUGAUAAUUUAGAUAGUUCAAUUCUGCAUGACUGGAGAGACAUAAUUAAACUGCAAAAACAUUGGAUAGGAGAAUGUAAUGGUGUCAAUUUUGAUUUUAAAGUAACAAAUAGUGAAGUAGAGUUUGUUACUCUUUGGACUUCCCAUCCAGAGUACAUUGAGGAUGUCAAAUUUGUGGUUGUGAGUGAAAAUCAUAUUCUAGCAAAACAGGAAGGAGUUACUGAUGUUGCAGGGGCUGUCAAGUUGAAAGCUGAGCUUGAAAAUCCAUUUACAAAACACAAAAUUCCUGUUUUUAUGUCUCAUGAAAUAGAAUAUUUACCUUUAACUGACUCUUAUGUAGGCAUCCCUGGAGUAGCUGACAAAGCAACCAAUUUUGCUCAGACAUGUGGCAUACCUCAUGACAACACACCCCUUCUCAAAAACACAGAUGAGGUGACGGCAAAGCAAGAGCAUAUUUGCAAUACAGCAAAGCAUAUGAAAAUUGGAGGCUACUGGACAAGUGCAAAAUUGAAAGAUUGGCUGAUAUCUAGACAAAGAUAUUGGGGAACUCCCAUACCUAUGAUCCACUGUAAAGACUGUAGAGCAGUUACAGUGCCCAAGGAUCAGCUACCUGUAGAGUUGCCUAAUUUGUCCACACUAAGCAAAAAAGGUGGUUCACAGCUAGCUGAAGUCUCAGAAUGGUUGAAUACAAAAUGCCCAAAGUGUGGUCAAGAUGCCAAAAGAGAGACUGAUACUAUGGAUACAUUUGUUGACAGUUCAUGGUACUUUUUGAGAUUUACAGAUCCCGUGAACAAGAAAAAGAUAUUUGAUGAAAAUAAAGCAGAAGAAUUAAUGCCUGUGGAUCUGUACAUUGGUGGGAAAGAACAUGCUGUCCUGCAUUUGUAUUAUGCUAGAUUUAUCAAUCAUUUUCUUCAUUCUUUGGGAUUAGUACCAGAAAAAGAACCUUUUAAAAGAUUGCUGGUGCAAGGAAUGGUAAUGGGUAGAAGUUAUAAGGUCAAAACUACUGGUGAAUACUUACCAGAGAAUAAAGUAAAAAUAUUGGACAUGAAGAAAAAUAAGGCAGUAACAAAAGGUACUGGAGAACCAGUUGUUAUAGCUUGGGAAAAAAUGAGUAAAUCUAAACACAAUGGGGUCGAUCCAGCAGAAAUGUUUGAACAAUAUGGUGCUGAUACAACCAGGUUAUUAAUUUUAGCAGAUGUUUCUCCCACUUCACAUAGAAAUUGGAAUAGCAAUACCUUCCCUGGAAUUAUGAAUUGGCAAAAACGAUUAUGGCUCACAAUAAGGGAUUUCCUGACAUACCGGAAUUCACUGCCAAAAAUGAUUCCUGACAAUGAGUUUAAAUCACAUGAUGACUUCAUGUUUGAUUCAAGAAAUUAUUAUGUCAAAGGAGCUUCAUUUAACUAUGUUAUAUCCCAGCAGAUGAGUAUAGCUGUAUCAAAACAACAAGGAUUAACAAACAGUCUGCGGAAAUGUCCGCCUGCAGUUUAUGCAUACAGUAAACAGUUUGAAAGAGCUUUGGCCGCUCAAAUCAUCAUGUUAGCUCCAAUGGCCCCGCAUUUUUCAUCAGAACUAUGGAGCGGGUUUGUUUCUGCACCAAAGAGAUUAAAUAAUUCGGAAGAGAUUAUUUGGGAUAAAGCUGUUUUGGAUCAGGAAUGGCCUGUUGUAGAUCUGGACUACCAACUAGAAUUAAGUUUUCAGGUUAAUGGUCAUGAAAAUGCUCUGGUAAAGAUAGCCCGCAAGGACUUAGAAAAUCUUCCAAAAGAAAAAGCAUUGGAAAUGGCUCUUCAACAGAAAGAAGUGCAGACCACUUUAACUAAAAGAAAUAUCUUGGACGUACGAUAUGACUGUCAUAAAGGAUUUGAUGGUAUUUUGAACAUUAUCACUGAUCAGCCUCCGCCCAAAGUGAAAGAAGCAGAUUCAGUAUGAACAUGUGACUAUGAAUAAUAAUUUACCGUUGCGUUAUUGUAAUAAAAUAAAAAAGAAUAACACUUUUAAGUGACUGUCACGUCGUUUAAGCAUCAAUAGUAAUGACAAUGCGUGCGUUUUUGAUCCUAACUGAAACGUACAAGAAACCAGAACGUUGAGAAUUUUUAUUGAUCAUACUAUAUUUCAAUAUAUAUACAAGGUGGCCGAUAUGUAACUGACUGGUUUGUAUCUUGAAUAUUUGUGAAAUGAAAUAAAAUACGUCUAUUUUUUUCAUCUUAAUUUUCUAUUGAGACUCAGAAAUUAUGUAUGAAAAAUAUCAGACAAAUGUCCGCCUCUAGAAGCCGCGCAAACCUGAG